CCGGCCGGCCGCCGACCUCACCACGACGCUUACAUCGCACAACACUUUGUUAUGCUGUACACGCAAUUAUCACACGGAAAUGAUAUAUUAACGUUACACAACUCGUUAAAUGUUGCCAACGACUGAAACAAUAAUAUAGUUUUCAUAUUUAACGUUAAAAUUCAUUAAAGUUUAUCGUAUGUUUCCAGUUAAACAAAUUAUAUUUUACACUUUUGUCGUUUAAAUUAUGUUCAAAAGUUGCUGUGCACGGCCGAGCAAAAAAAUUAACAAAAGUAAAUCCAAAUCUGAAAUCAUGGAGUCUCCAAAGGAGAAUGUGCAAUGUAAAGAAAAUUUGGAAACCAAUAAAGAUUCCGAGUCUGAAAAAAAGUAUGCCCCAGAGAGCUCGAGUGAUUCAUCCAAGGAAUGUGUGAACCUGGAUGAUGUUGAAGUAAAAGUUGAUAGUAAUCUCGUGAGUGAUAACAUUCCCACUGUGCAGCAGGAAGUAGAUGAACUUGUGGACGAGGAUAAUGGCAGCAACGAUGAAAAGGAAGACGAGGAUACGGAUGAUGUUUUUAUAAGGCCAGAAUAUGCAAAAAAGAGAUACUCAGUGGACUACAAAAAAAUUCGUUCCGAAUUCAAGAGAUAUUCCGUUGAUUGUGGCUAUAGAAAUGUUGCAACUUUGGAAGAUCUCGCUAAUUUGGAACAGGAAUUGGCUCGAACAAAUAUAGAUGUACGUUUAGGUAGACGUAAAUCUACUGGCAUAUUGAAAUCUACGUCAGACAGUGGGGAUAUCGGUGAAAGGAUACCAAAAACGAAGCACGAAUCGUGUUCGGACGAUGACGAUGUAUUUGAAAAAAAUGCAGCUGUAAAUGAUAACGAAGGACCUAGAGAACCCCCGGCCACACCAGUAGGCCGUGACGAGUUGGCUUUACGAAGGCACCGGUUCUUUUCCGAUCUCGUAUGUGCAGCCAGAGCGGCGGUCGAACAUCGCGUACGCUUUGAUCCUCUGGGACCUGUUGUUGCUGACUCAGGUAGUGAAGUGGAGCCCACAGCUGCAGUUCAAAGUCCGGCUGCAGAUCUCGAGGCUCUGAUAGAGCGUUUAGAGCGAGUGACGUCGCGUUUGGAGCGUCUGCCCGCGUUGCGCACGCGCACGCCGACCCCGCCCCGCUCCCCCGCGCCCUCACCCGCCGGCACCUUUACACCGCCGCCGCCACCGCCGCUGCCACAGACAGAAAUUAUAGUGGCCGACAACAUGAGUAUCAACGGAUACCAGGACUUGAUGCAGGGUCCCCUGCAGAAUUAUUUGCAGUUGUCGAAGCAACUCGGCGGAGACAUCGCUACACACGCAAACCUCGUUAACGACGCUUUUCAGGAGCAGCUCCGCUACAUAAAGUUGGCAACAUCUCGAUCCAAACCAUCAGAUGGCGAACUCCAACAGCUCCUCAAGCCGACCAGCGACAAAAUCUCCGCAAUCCAACAAUAUCGCGAAAAGAAUCGCGCCUCCAACUUCUUCAACCAUCUCUCUGCCAUAUCAGAGAGCAUUCCCGCCCUCGGAUGGGUCGCAGUGGCGCCAACUCCCGCGCCAUAUGUCAAGGAGAUGAACGACGCUGGCCAGUUCUACACGAACCGCGUGCUCAAAGAGUGGAAAGAGAAAAACAAGACCCAUGUUGAAUGGUGCCGCGCGUGGGUGCAGCUUCUGUCGGACCUGCAGGCGUAUGUGAAGCAAUACCAUACUACUGGGCUGGUUUGGUCUGGCAAGGGAGCGGGCGCGCCGCCCCCGCCUCCGCCCGGCGGCCUGCCUCCCCCACCGCCGCUGCCCGAAGUGGACUUCGCGAACAUGAGCGCUGAUGACAGAAGCGCGCUCUUCGCCGAAAUCAACAAGGGUGAAGCCAUUACUAACACUCUCCGCAAAGUGACGUCGGACAUGCAGACCCACAAGAACCCGCAGCUGCGGCAGGGCCCCGCGCCGUUCAAGGCGACCAGCCCCAAGGUGCCGACAAAGGCGCUGCCGACGCCCGGGGCCGGCAAUCUCGACAAACCCCCUGUGUUCGCGAGAGAUGGCAAGAAGUGGGUCAUUGAAUACCAAAAAGGCAAUUCCAAUCUGGUUGUGGAGAACGCCGAGAUGAACAACGUCGUAUACAUGUACCGAUGCCGCGACUCCGCGCUGACCGUGCGCGGCAAGAUCAACGGCGUGGUGCUGGACUCCUGCACCAAGUGCGCUGUGGUGUUCGACAACCUCGUCUCCAGUGUGGAGUUCGUCAACUGCCAGUCCGUGCAAAUGCAGGUGCUAGGCAAGGUGCCAACGGUGUCGAUCGAGAAGACCGACGGGUGCCAGAUCUACCUCUCGAAGGAGUCGCUCGACGUGGAGAUCGUGUCCUCCAAGUCCUCGGAGAUGAACGUGCUCGUGCCAAAGGCUAAUGGCGACUACACGGAGUAUCCUAUACCGGAGCAAUUCAAGACUUUGCUCAACAAGCCGCCCACUGGCCUCACCACGACGCCUGUCGAGAACAAGGGCUAGAUCUCAACGACCCUUUAUCCGAGCUCGGGAACUCUGUAUACUUUAUUUUAUACACUAACUUGUAGGUUUUCGUCCACAGCACUGCCCACACUACGUAAACGUGUAACCAUCUUAGAAGGAUGGGAUCAUUUUUAAUUGCGUGUCGCAAUAGUCACUGUGUUUUCUAAUCAAUACUUUUAAGGUACGGGCGAAAUGUCACCGUGUCAUUUUUUUCGUAAAAUUCUGUGACAUGGCAAUUGUAUGAAGCCGUUUGCACGUAUUUAUUUCAUACAAUUUCCAAAUUGUCACAGAAUGUUGUGGGGAAAAACUGCGCGGUGAAAAUUCUCAUAAAGUUGGACAUUUUUUUAUUGCCCACUCACUAAUGUUUUUCCACAAUUCUUUCGACAAUAACUAAAUCUAUUGUUAUACCAUAUUUCAGUCAUUUACGGUUAAAUAGUCUAAUUAAGACGCUGUUGCAGUGGACAGCGACCUGGAAGUGUGAUUGAGCAAAUUUUGAUAGGCAAAUAAUUUGCACUAAUUAGAUCAAUUAGUUCACAAGCAUAUCUCUUUCGAUGGGAGCACAUUUAAAUAUGAUAAAUGAUUGUAAUAGUAAAUUAAAAGGCUGAACUUCACUUGUUAAAAUCGGUGUAGGUCCGACUAGUUGCGAUCCCGGUCCUUAGCUGCAUGGCACGACGCGCGACGCGUCCCGGCCCGAACUGAACUUUUCGAAACUAAAGUCGAGCCUAUAUGGAUUAUUGUGAGUUCCAGUUGUUUAAUUAUAACAAUAUUAUGAGUGUCACUCACGAUAGUCUAAACUCUAAACGAUAAAUUAUGUAAAAUAACGCUAUAACGUUCCCGAAGCUUAUAAAUCAGUCUUAUUUCCUUCAUACGAGUUCUAUCAUAAAUAAUUUCUUGCUCAUUACGCUCGAUACUAGAGUAUAAGGUAUACAUAUUACUUACCUAAACCAAUAUGACGUAGACAUAACUAUCGUUCAAGUAUUUACUGGCCUUUAUGUGAAUGUAAAGAUGUUCCUUCAUCGUGUAUUUGAUAUUUUUUUAGACGUCACAUGUGAAAUAGCACGGAGUACCGCUCGGUACGGGAUAUAGGGUAGCUUAGGUGUAAGCGGGGACCGAAUAAAAAACCAUCUUUUCUACGAUAUUCGCGUAUUUUUGUUGUCUUUACGUACUAUUUUGUAUGCGGACCUCUUUAUUUUAAGAAAGUGUCUAGACGGCCUCAAGUGGUUCUUUGAUAAUAAAAAAAAAUCCUGCCACAACACUUUCCAACGGCUAACUUUCUCAAAGUCGUCGUCAUUAUACUAUUUUCCUGGCGUGUAUUGAAAAUUGAAUCUUAUUGGUUUCCGUUAAGAAACAAAUUUUAAAACUAAUAAAAAGCUUGUGGUCAGAGAAUUUUUCAUAUCAAACGGCCACUCGACUGGCCAUCUGACACUUCCAAAUUUUAAUCAAACGAAGCCUUCUAAUUACUGAACUGAGAUAACAUUAAUUGGAAAAGUUGUAGUCGAUCUACCAAAUUACUUUUGUUCGAUGUUCUUGAUAUAAUAAUAUAAUUAUUUUAUUUGUGUGUGUUGUUUAAAGAAGGAAGACUUUUAUACUGGGUGGAUAUUAUAAUUGGAUCACCUUUGCUUUAUGGUUGCGAUGUAAAUUCGGUCCCUCAGUGUGGAAUGUGUGUCUCGAAACUAAGUCGUAAGUUUGAAUUUUCAAUUUGAAAAAAUAUUUGUAACUAGAGUGAUUCUAAAACCCCGAUUCAUCGACCGUGUAAGAGCUUUCUCUAACUAAAAUUCUAAGUAACUGAUCUACUUUUUUAACAUUUUCGAUGGAACUGCUAAUGCUGAAACUAACACCGAAGCUAUUUUUUACGUUAUUUUUCGUUAGUAAUAUAUUUUUUUUUUUUUACAAACUGAAUGCAAGUUCUCUUUUAACUUGAGUACUUAUCAUAUUAAGUAUAUAGGUUAAAUUUUAAGUAUUUAUUGCAAUAUGUAGAUAUUACUUUUUGCCUCACCAUGUUUUUUCUGGUUGCGCUAAUUAGCAUUUCCAUCGACUAUAAUAAUUUAUUAAGUAUUAUGUGAUUGUUCUAAGUAAAUAUUUUAUAUUAGGACAUUUUAAUUGAAUAUCGGAAUAAUUAAUUAUUCAUUAUUAAUAAUAAUUGUAUUAAUCGAAGUAUUGUAAUAGGAAACAAUUUUGUUAUUCAGUAUCGUUUGUGUUUCGUCAAAUUGUGACAUCGCUAAUAAGAAUUGUAAUUAUUUAUUAUGCCAUUCUUAUUUUGGAGAUUUUUAAUUUAUUUGUCUGAUUAAAAUAAUUUUAAGCAUA